AUGGCGUCCUUUGAGGUCGACGAAGCCCUCAUCGCGCGCGUCACCGACUUCGUCCAAGAGUACAUGUCGCACUACGACGCCUCGCACGACUUCACGCACAUCCAGCGGGUGCUCCGUCUCGCGCAGCACAUCCAGGCGCGGACGCCCAACACCUCGCGCGCGCUCGUCACGCUCGCGGCGCUGCUGCACGACGUCGGGGACCACAAGUACCUCGCCGCGGGCGCGGACGGCACGCAGCUCGUGGCCGCCACGCUGCGCUCGCUCGGCGCCGCGCCCGCGCUCGCCGACAAGGUCCAGGCCGUGUGUCUCGGCGUCAGCUACUCGGCCGAGGUGCGCGACGGCCCGGCGCGCAUGGCCGCGCUGCUCGCCGCCCACCCGGAGCUCGCCGUCGUGCAGGACGCGGACCGCCUGGACGCGCUCGGCAUGGUGGGCGCCGGCCGCACGUUUGCGUUUGGCGCCGCGCGCGGACGCCCGCUCGAGGACACAGUGGCCCAUUUCGAGGAUAAGCUGCUACUGCUGGAGGGGCGCAUGAAGACGGACACGGGCAGGGCGCUGGCCAGGGAGAGGACGCAGCGGUUGCGGAUGAUGCAGCAGUGGUGGCUGGAGGAGACGGGCGACGAGGUUCGAUAG